AUAACUUGGACAUCAGCACAUUGCAGCAAAGCAGGAGAUAUGCAGCCUGCAGAGGUCCAGCAGGAGUCUAUAGUCAGUUAUCUCCCACUCAGCCACAUAGCUGCGCAGAUAUACGACCUGUGGACAGGAAUCAAGUGGGGAGAGCAAGUUUACUUUGCUGAGCCAGAUGCUUUAAAGGGCAGCUUGAUCAACACACUAAAAGAAGUGCAACCAACAUCUCAUAUGGGAGUUCCCCGAGUAUGGGAGAAAAUCAUGGAGAAAUUAAAGGAUGCUUCUGCUCAGUCGGGAUUUGUGAAGAAGAAAAUGCUUUCAUGGGCUAUGUCAGUUAGCUUAGAGAGAAACUUAAACUGCUCAAGCAGCAGUGAUUUGAAGCUGUUUUGGACGAGGUUAGCAGACUACUUGGUGCUUGCAAAAAUCCGCAAUGCGCUGGGAUUUUCUUGCUGUCAGAAGCAUUUUUGUGGUGCUGCUCCUCUCAAUACAGAAACACUGAAUUUCUUCUUGGGUCUGAACAUCACCUUGUAUGAGGCCUAUGGGAUGAGUGAGACCACAGGCCCACACUGCCUAUCUGGGCCAUAUAUUUACAGACAGCACAGCUGUGGUAAACCAGUACCUGGUUGCAGAGUAAAAUUGGUGAAUGAAGAUACAGAAGGCAAUGGAGAAAUCUGUUUCUGGGGAAGAACUGUUUUCAUGGGCUAUUUAAAUAUGGAGGACAAAACAAAAGAAGCCUUUGAUGAAGAUGGGUGGCUGCAUUCUGGAGAUUUAGGAAAGCUGGACAAGGAUGGCUUCCUCUAUGUCACUGGAAGGAUUAAAGAUUUGAUUAUUACAGCUGGAGGUGAAAACGUGCCUCCAAUUCCAAUUGAAGAUGCUGUCAAAAAAGAACUCCCAAUUGUUAGUAAUGCCAUGGUGAUUGGAGAUAAGAAGAAGUUUUUGUCAAUGUUGCUGACCCUAAAGUGUGUCCUGGAUCCAGACACAUCGGAGCCGACUGAUAUCCUUACUGAGCAAGCUAGAGACUUCUGCCAGAAGAGGGGCAGUAGAGCCACAACCGUGUCGGAGAUUGUAGCUACGAGGGACCGGGCGAUUUACCAGGCCAUUCAGGAAGGAAUCAACAAAGUCAACAUGAGUGCGACGAACAGAGUCCACUGCAUCCAGAAAUGGGUAGUCCUGCCAAGAGAUUUUUCCAUUUCUGGAGGAGAACUAGGUCCGACAAUGAAGUUAAAACGUCUCGCCGUGCUCGAGAAAUACAGAGAUGAAGUAGACUCCUUCUACGAAGAGUAAAGAAGCAUUUCUUCCAAGCAUUAAAUAAGAUCUAUGAGCUAAAUAAUCUCCUAAUCAAUACCAUUAAUGAAGGAAGAUUUGUGCUUCUGUUUUGGUUUUGCAGUUUGUUGAACUGAUGCACUUGAGAACUGCUGUGUUAAUUUAGUUACUCUCCUGACACU